AUGAAAAAUACGACUAAAAAAAAACUGUCUACAAGCGUUACCGAGGCGAAAUGUUGUCGGAAAUUUUCGAUUUUUGCGUGCACAUGUGCCAUAGUUUCUUUACUAGUACAUACUUAUAAUUUUAUUGAAUCUAAUGAAGUGAAAUAUGAUUUAGAAGCUAGAAAUUUAAUGAAUAAUAUUCUAAAUGAGAGAAUAGAAGAAAAAAUAGAUGCUUACUUGAUGGAGAUUAGUGGUAGUACUGCGCGUAGGAUAAAGAGGGAGGCGAUGUUGAAACAGCCAGUGAACCAGGAAGAUAACACGGUGACUCCUCACGUUGAGUUCUUCAAUCCUAAAAUGCGGCCUGAACUUGAAGAGAAGGACGCAGCAGAAAUGAGAAGAACUGGUGCUAAAGGUCCCGCGCCUGGUGGUGACACGUGGGUCUGGCUUACGAGCUACUCCAGAGUGCCUUAUAAAGUGGUCCAAGGCUUCUGCAAGGCUACUCAAGACUACUGUCCACCAGGCGUGCAAGGUCCUAAAGGGCCGACCGGAGUUCCAGGACCGAAGGGUGAUAGGGGAGAUCCGGGAGCACCUGGAACUCCUGGGCAUUCUGGUGCAAGAGGACCAGUAGGUCCACCAGGGCCAAAAGGCGAGCGAGGCUAUCCUGGCAAUCCUGGUCUUGAUGGCAGAGAUGGGGUGCCAGGUGAACCGGGGCUGGAUGGUAUGUCUGGAAGAAAUGGCGCCGACGGGGCCCCAGGAAAAGACGGUCGCGAUGGCAUCCCGGGAAAGGAUGGUAGCCCAGGAAAGAAUGGAAAAGACGGGAAAGACGGUAGACCAGGAGUUGCUGGUCCUCCGGGUCUUCGAGGGCCAAAAGGUGAGCGGGGUGCAAUAGGAGCCAAAGGUCAGAGAGGCAAUGAUGGACAUGAUGGUGCUCCCGGACGACCAGGUCUCUCUAUUUACAACAACACUCUUGAAAAGGAACUUUUUAUACCACCUACAUUCGCCCAGGAAAAAUCUCGUGUAUUAGUCCGCGAGGGUGAAGUACUAAGAAUUAGCUGUAACCCAUCAGGUCGACCUGACCCGACGGUGGAGUGGCGAAGAGCUGAUGGAACAGCCAUUAUUCAGGGUUCUUGGCGUGAUGCUUCUGUCAGUGGACAAAUGCUGACCAUCCCACACGUGUCCAGAUGGCACACGGGCAAGUACGUGUGCCUCGCUAACAACGGCAUGUUGCCGUCAGCUAACCAGACCACAGAUGUUGAAGUCCGAUUCAGCCCAUACAUCCGCGUGCUGAAAAAUAUCGUCUACGUUUACAAUAAAACUGCCAAGCUGGAGUGUGAGAUCCAAGCGUGGCCCGAACCAGUACUAGCCUGGGAAAUCGACGACAUUACCCUCGAAGGUCAGCGUUAUUUAACUGAAGUGGCACCCACAUCCGACUCUUGGCGCUGGAUCAUGAGACUCGAAAUCCCCGGUAUCAGGGAUCACGAUCUAAGACACUACAGCUGCGUGGCCAAAAAUGAACUCAAUAACCAAACUGUGAAAGGACGAAUUCAGUUAAUGUAUCCAGGACCGAACCAGCCACCACCAAUACAGCAGCCAAUGGAGUAUGGUUCCAGACCACCGACCCUGACGUCGUACGAGGAGUUGUGCCAAGUGCAACGGUGUCCAUCUUGCCCACGGUGUGACCGAGCGCAGCUCCUCAUAUCCAGCAUUAACGGAACUUCUCCUUAUAAAGCUAGGAGAAAUGCUAAUUGUCAACUGUAUGCUAUAGGGAAACCUGUGUACCAUAGAUAUAAAGACGAAUUAUUUGGAGCCUGGCUUCGAGAUUCUAAUGCAACAGAUGCUCAGAGGGAGAAAUUAUGGACGACCCAAGAGGAUGACGUCGACAGGUUAAGGGAAUAUAGAAGUAAAGUUUCCUUCAAGAAAGGAGAUGUGGAUGAGUUCCACAAACUGCAGAAGCCUUUCUUCGGUAACGGUCACAUAGUAUAUAGUGGUUCAUUCUUCUACCAAGCUAAUGAGUCCGGAAAUCCUGGCGAGAUUAUUCGGUAUGACCUGACGCAGAGCAGGAUCAAGUCAGUGAAGUUGCCAUUCGCUGAUGGGAGGUUAUACGCCGCACAGCAUAAUCAGGUGGAUUUAAGUGCUGAUGACAAUGGACUCUGGGCUAUUUACUCCAUGGAAGGAUCUAACAACACUGCAGUAGCCAAGCUUAGCUUCGAUCCGAAUAAAGAUGGUUUGAAUAUCGACUAUACUUGGAACAUUUCACUUAACAACAAACAAGUAGGCGAAAUGUUCAUAGUAUGUGGCGUACUAUACGCGUUAGAUUCAGCGACAGAGCGAGAGAGCAAGGUCUCUGUCGCCAUCGACCUGUACCAAAGCAAACCCGUAGAAGUAUCUUUACAGUUUACAAACCCUUUCAGGAAGACCACACAGCUUGGAUAUGACCAUAUGCAUAAGGAGCUGUACUCGUGGGACCGCGGCAACAUGCUCACGUAUCCAAUACGCUACCAUGACUUGCCUGGACCCUGA